CUCAAAUCCGUUUUUUGUUUACCCCCCCGUUUGUUUGUUUUUGUUACGUCCCCGUAGAGCUGGUCUCUAUCUGAUUCUUAAUCUUCAGUUUGUCUCCUCAAAGCCUGACAACCUGCGCCGCCCUUCGUCCCUCCUCCGGCACCUACAACUCGCGCGUCCUCCAAAGUUGCUGGCCAGCUUAGAGACAAACCAAAGAACCAUCUUUUAUGCUUUAUUUGUUCGAAUUAUCAGCUCCUUCCAUAAUAUUCUAAUAACAGAAAUCACGGAUUUCACUUGCUCGCCCGACAAGCGCUACCUACCAACGAUUGCGUUCGCGAUCAGGUACAAUAGUCAGCAGCAUCGACCACCCAAACAACACAACUGGAUUUCGGUGAAAACCUAGCCAUCAUGUCGGCUAUUCAGCUCUCGUUUUCCCUCCGGGUUUCUUCCGGUGUCAAGACGGUCCAUCUCCUGGGCUCCUGGGACGGCUACGUUGGCCAGCUCCCUCUCUCCAAGGACAAGUCCUCGUCCAAGUCGGGCUCCUGGAAGGGAACCUUCCGUUUCCAGAACUCAACUCUUGAGCCCGGCCAGAGAUAUUGGUACUACUACAUCAUCGACGGUUACCACAUCGCCCACAACCCCAGCGUCGAGUCUAUUGUCGAGCCCACCACCGGCCGCGAGCUCAACGUGCUUGAUAGCUCCUCUCGCCACUCGUCCAAGGACAAGGAGUCUCGUUCCCACCGCCGCUCUAGACUCUCGGUUGACAUUCCCAAGGGACGGCCUCUGCCGCUCUCUGACAUUCAGGCGCCCAAGCCCAUGUCUCCGCACGCGACCAAGCACAUUCUGGAAGCCGACUACUACGAAAAUGAAGCCCUUGAGGAACUCACUGCCCGCUUUGGAAGCACCAACAUCGAGGAAGAGUACAUCACGGACUUCACCACAUCGCCCAUCUCCAGCGGCUCAUCCCUGUCCUACCGCUCCGACAGCUCCUCACCCAACUCGUCCCUGUCCGGCUACAGCACCCCCGGCUCCGAAUGCAGCACUUGCACCUGCGAGCGAUACGGCAUUACUCGCAAGGGCGAGCGUGUCAAGCUCGACUGCGGCGGAGUCAGAUGCGGUGGCUAUGCCAAUGAUGAGAGUUCCGAGUGUUCCAGCGGAAGUGAGUCUGAGGAUGAAGAGUACGAGUACGAGUACCAAGCCACCGAGGCCUCACCAGCCAGCUCUCGCCGCCACGGCAUCAUCGGAAGAUGAGCGCCUGGCUGUGUGUCAAACCCUUUGGCAAGAGGCUGAGAGAGUCCUCUGCCGUUCAUUCCUUGUUUCGAGCAACCCGUGGUCGCGUCACUGCGCCGGGUUGACUCAACCCAUGUUGUUUGUGGUAUAAUCAGCACAAUCCUUCAACUUACGGCCCACGCCCUUGAGCGCGGACGGCACGCCAAGCUGGUCUUGGGCAGAAGCCGACCGCGCCAAUGCGUGAUGUCCAGCUGGGUCGAUGCUGCGACCCCCAUUUUCCGGUGGCCAUGAAGACUCCUCUCGUGGCCACGCAGGUAUAAUUUCAUUCCCUUUUGUUUGUUGUUGGUUCCCGAGCGAGCAGGGAGGCUUAUCCUCCCGGGACCAACGUGACAAAUGCUGAAGGAUCUCGUCCGCCCUGAGGAUGAGAUACCAGCUCCAGCAGGCCAAUGUUUGGAUGUAGCUAUAGAUCUGGCGAUUGGAGGAUCUUGGCUAGCCAUUUUAUGAAGUAUGAGGUGGAUGACGGAAAGGCAGUUCAUGAGCUACGAUACGAUUUAUGAAAUGACAACUGCCUUUGGAUGGAUGACGAUUGAAUCUAUCCAUGAAUG